AUGUCGGACGAAUAUUGGAUUAUAUCUGUACCAGGAAAAUCAACACCAAAACAAAGUUUUGAUGAAAUAUGUCAAGCGACUACACGAGAUAAUUUAUCAGCUAAUUUUCUCUUUACUAUUCCUGAUUUAAAAGUGGGCACACUUGAUUCACUUGUUGCACUCUCAGAUGAUCUGGCUAAACUUGAUACUUAUGUUGAAGGAAUUACAAAAAAAUUAACACAAUUUUUCUUCCAUGAUAUUCUCAAUGAUGAUCGUAAUCGUCUUACUGAAAAUCUUGUUAUUGGACCAAAUAUGCUUGAUCCAACACGAUAUGUUACAGAAUUUCAUUGGGAUUAUGCAAAAUAUCCAAUUAAACAAUCAUUAAAAAAUCUUUCGGAAAUCAUCUCAAGAGCGAUAAUACAUAUCGAAAAUGAACUUAAACUUCGUAGUCAAUCAUAUAAUACUGUUAAACAAAAUUUAGAUUCAUUAGAAAAAAAACAAACUGGUAGUUUAUUAACACGUAAUUUAAAUGAUGUUUUAAAAAAAGAACAUUUUGUUUUGGGUAGUGAAUAUUUAAAAACUUUAUUAGUAUGCGUACCAAAAGGAUUAAUUAAUGAAUGGUAUGCAAAAUAUGAGACAUUGUGCGCAAUGAUUGUACCACGUACAACGGAAUUAAUAGUUGAAGAUCAAGAUUAUGCAUUAUUUACUGUAACUUUAUUUCAAAAAACAGAAGAUACAUUUCGACAUAAAUGUCGAGAAAAUAAAUUUACGGUACGAGAUUUUACAUAUGAUGAAAAAGCAUUUGCAAAUGAACGUGAAAAACUUCGAGAACUUGAAGCGGAACGACAAAAACUUCAUGCUAAUCUUGUUCGAUGGCUUAAAAUUCAUUUUGGUGAAAGUUUUUCAGCAUUAAUACAUAUCAAAGCAUUACGUAUCUUUGUUGAAUCUGUUCUAAGAUAUGGUUUACCAGUAAAUUUUGAUGCUAUUGUUAUUCAUCCAAAUCGUAAAACAACGAAACGUUUACGUGAAGUACUUGAACGAUUAUUUGGUUAUCUUGAUCAAUCUGAUAGAUUAAACAAAGAUGAACAAUUUGACAUUCCCGGUGUGUUUUCAUCAUCUCAAGAAUAUUAUCCAUAUGUUUAUUUAAAAUUAGAUCUGGAUUAUAUUGAUAUGAAUAAAAAAUAA